AUGAAAGCGAUUGAAGCGAUGAAAGCGGAUGACCCGGAUGAAAGCGAUGAAUGGUAUGAAAGCGAUGAAACAGAUGAAAACUAUGAAAAGUAUGACAGCGAUGAAACGGAUGAAAGAGAUGAAUGGUAUGAAAGCGAAGAAACGGAUGAAAGCGAUGAAUGGUAUGAAAGCGAUGAAACGGAUGAAAACUAUGAAAAGUAUGACAGCGAUGGAACGGAUGAAAGAGAUGAAAAGUAUAAAAGCGAUGAGAAGUACAAAAGGCAGAAAACUGAGAGAGCGAUGAAAAUUAUGAAAAUUAUGAAAGCGAUGAAACGUAUGAGAGCGAUGAAAAGUAUGUAA